CAAAAUAGGCCAACGGAAUCUUGAGCAGCGACAUAGACCCCUGCAGCUACUCUGCACAGCUGUCAAUUCUUUGUAGGCCUUUUCAGCCUAGUACUACCAACUUAUUUAUAACGCAGCAAUGGACGACGAGCUCUUCAAUGUUUUCGACGGCAAUUCUAAAGCACCAACAAGUUCGAAACAGAAAGAAAGCAAGAAGCGGAAAGCGAACAAUGACUCGACGGCUCUAAAUGGAGCGAGCGUGAAGAAGGCAAAUCAGAUUGAACAGAGCGAGGCUGCAGAAUCUACAAGUCCAAAGCGACAACGAAGAGACACAGAAGCCGAGCCACUGGUCACAGACACUUUCGAAACUGAGCAAUUACGAGAGGUUGAGGCACAUGCUGGUCUUCAAGGACAGCAGGAAUCUGGUGCAGUAACAUUGUCGCAUCAGGUUCGCCAUCAGGUCGCCCUACCCCCAGAUUACGACUACGUACCCAUUUCCGAACAUAAAGCUCCCGAGACGCCAGCAAGAACCUGGCCAUUCACCUUGGACCCCUUUCAACAAGUCUCGAUUGCAUCCAUUGAACGUAAUGAGAGCGUCCUAGUGUCAGCGCAUACUAGUGCUGGAAAAACUGUUGUGGCAGAGUAUGCGAUCGCACAAUGUUUAAAGAAUAACCAAAGAGUCAUCUAUACAAGUCCUAUCAAAGCCUUGAGCAACCAGAAGUAUCGCGAGUUUAUGGCUGAAUUUGGCGACGUUGGACUUAUGACGGGCGAUGUCACAAUCAAUCCAACGGCAACAUGUCUAGUUAUGACAACAGAGAUUCUGCGCUCGAUGCUGUACCGUGGAUCCGAGAUUAUGCGCGAAGUCGCAUGGGUGGUAUUCGACGAAGUACACUACCUGCGAGACAAGUCGCGCGGUGUCGUGUGGGAAGAAACCAUCAUACUGCUACCCGACAAAGUUCACUAUGUGUUCCUCUCUGCCACCAUUCCCAAUGCUAUGCAAUUCGCAGAAUGGAUUACAAAGACGCACAAUCAACCAUGCCACGUAGUAUAUACGGAUUUCAGGCCUACCCCACUUCAGCAUUACCUUUUCCCAGCCGGUGCCGAUGGCAUACAUCUCGUAGUCGACGAGAAGGGUACAUUCAGGGACGAGAAUUUCCAAAAAGCCAUGUCCUCCAUCGCUGAGAAACAAGGAGACAAUCCUGCGGAUGCUAUGGCCAAACGCAAAGGCAAAGGCAAAGACAAGAAGCUCAAUAAAGGCGGCCAGCAGCAAGGACCCUCUGAUAUAUACAAGAUUGUUAAGAUGAUUAUGAUGAAGAAUUUCAAUCCUGUUAUUGUCUUUAGCUUCAGCAAACGCGAUUGCGAAAAUUACGCGAUCUCGAUGAGCGGUCUGGCGUUCAAUGACGAAUCUGAAAAGGCUAUGGUUGGUAAGGUUUUCGACAGCGCCAUAGAGGCACUGUCAGAAGAUGACCGUAAAUUACCACAGAUUCAACAUAUUCUUCCGCUCCUUCGCCGUGGUAUAGGAGUUCAUCAUUCUGGGUUGCUACCAAUUCUCAAAGAGACUAUCGAGAUUCUCUUCCAGGAAGGACUUAUAAAAGUGCUCUUUGCUACAGAGACUUUUUCCAUCGGCCUCAACAUGCCUGCUAAGACAGUGGUCUUCACCAAGGUUCGUAAAUUUGACGGUGUGUCAGAGCGGUGGGUGACUCCAUCCGAGUUCAUUCAAAUGUCCGGACGUGCCGGACGAAGAGGCCUUGACGAACGAGGUAUUGUAAUUAUGAUGAUUGAUUCUCAGAUGGAUCCUGCUGUUGCAAAAGAAGUCGUACGGGGCGAACAAGAUAAACUCAACUCAGCCUUCUACCUGGGUUACAACAUGAUAUUGAACCUAAUGCGGGUAGAGGGCAUAUCCCCAGAAUUCAUGCUGGAGCGCUGUUUCUACCAAUUCCAAAAUACAGCCAGUGUUUCUGGAUUGGAAAAAUCUCUUCAUCGGCUGGAAAGUGAAAAGGCUAGUAUGGAUAUCCCAGACGAAAACACUGUUCGUGAUUACUACGACUUACGGCAGCAACUGGACAUCUACACGCAAGACAUGCGCGAUGUGAUCACGCAUCCGAAUUAUUGUCUUCAGUUUCUUCAAGCUGGGCGCCUUGUAAGGGUGAAAUACAAAGACUACGACUUUGGAUGGGGCGCAGUGGUCAAUUUCAUGGAGAGAAAGCCCGCGAAAGGCGAAACAUUGACUUCCCUCAAACCACAACAGACCUAUAUCAUUGACGUCUUGCUUCAAGUCGCAAGCGAUGCGAACUUCUCGACAGCGGUUGUUGACGAUCUCCCUCCAGGGGUAAGACCUCCAGACGCCGGGCAAAAGGGAAAGAUGGAGGUUGUCCCUGUCCUUCUGUCUUGUAUCGACUCAAUUGGACAUUUGCGAAUAUUCUUACCACAAGAACUCAGAUCCAUCGAGCAAAGAAAUCAGGUUCGGAAGGCUUUGGAAGAAGUCAAGAAGCGGUUCCCCGACGGAAUCGCUAUACUAGACCCUAUAGAAAACAUGGGCAUCACGGAUGACUCUUUCAAGAAGCUUCUUCGAAAGAUCGAGGUUCUAGAAUCCCGACUCCUCUCGAAUCCACUACACGAGUCGCCGCGUUUGCCAGAGCUGUACGAACAGUACGCGUCGAAGGUAGAGCUGUCCAAAAAGAUCAAGGAAACCAAGGUCGAGAUAACGAAGGCACUAUCGGUCAUGCAACUUGAUGAGCUCAAGUGUCGGAAACGGGUCUUGAGACGCAUAGGAUUUAUCAACGAGUCUGACGUCUGCCAGCUCAAAGCCCGUGUCGCCUGCGAGAUCAGCACCGGGGAUGAACUGCUACUGAGCGAACUGAUGUUCAACCGCUUCUUCAACGAGUUGACCGCCGAGCAAUGCGCUGCUUGUCUUAGCUGUUUCAUCUUUGAGGAGAGAAGCAAGACUGAGAUAAAUCUGCGUCCCGAGCUCGCAAAGCCAUUUAUGGAAAUUCAGGCGCAGGCCAAAACUAUUGCAAAGAUAUCACAGGAAAGCAAAUUGACUCUAAAUGAGGAUGAAUAUGUAAAGACGUUCAAGCCCGAGUUGAUGGAGGUAGUCUUUGCGUGGACCAAGGGGGCAACCUUCGCUCAGAUAUGUAAAAUGACGGAUGUGUACGAGGGCAGUCUUAUACGUCUCUUCAGAAGGCUUGAAGAGUUACUUCGUCAAAUGGCGCAGGCAGCCAAGGUUAUGGGAAGUCCCGAUUUGGAGAAGAAAUUCGAACAGGCGCUCGAAAAGAUAAGCAGAGAUCUAGUUGCAGCAUCUUCAUUGUACUUGUAGAAGCAUUUUAAAGGCGAUGCUCCGAUGGCUCAUACCAUUACAUUUCUUGUUGGAACGUCGGAACUUGUUACUUUGGCUAGCAAUUCAUACUGUAGAGUCUAGGCGCGUAGGAGGUCUGUGAGUGUGGUCGCCUGGGAGCUGGAAAUGCCCUGCACUGCCACAAGCGCACCCCUAUAUUUUCUCGCAAUCUGAAGUCCCGGGUGAUGGGAUUGUACCGUCCCAUACUGUCCCAUAUUGUCC